AUGAGUAAAGUUAUUAAACCACCUUCUAACGCAAGAACUGCUCACUUCAGAACUCUGGAGAGAGAAUCUCGUUUUAUUAAUCCUCCAAAGGAUAAGUCAGCCUAUCCAUUGCUUCAAGAGGCAGUUGAACCUCAUGUUGGCUCCUUCAAUGCUUUAACUGAAGGCCCAGAUGGUGGUUUAUUAAACCAAGGGGUCAAAGAUAUUGGUGAAAAAGUUAUAUUUGAUGGAAAAACUGGGGCAGUUCAAACGGGUAAAGAUUCAUACCUAGGUAACAAGUUAUCCAUAAGUGUAGAGCAAGUUUCCAUUGCGAAACCAACUUCAAAUGAUGGUGUCUCUUCAGCAGUUGAAAGAAAAGUGUUCCCAUCCGAAUCCAGACAAAGACUGGUAUCAUACAAAGGUAAGUUAAUGUUAAAAUUGAAAUGGUCUGUCAAUGAUGGUGAAGAAACUUUCACAGAGGUUAGAGAUUGUGGUGGGUUACCAGUUAUGUUACAAAGUAAUAGAUGUCAUUUGAACAAAUUGUCUCCAUACGAGUUGGUUCAACACAAAGAAGAAUCUGAUGAGUUAGGUGGUUAUUUCAUCAUCAAUGGUAUUGAAAAAUUGAUUAGAAUGUUGAUCGUUCAACGUAGAAACCACCCAAUGGCCAUUAUCAGACCAUCUUUCACCAAUAGAGGUGCAGCUUAUACUCAGUUUGGUAUUCAAUUGAGAUCUGUUAGACCCGAUCAAACUUCUCAAACUAAUGUUCUACAUUAUUUGAACGAUGGUCAGGUUACUUUCAGAUUCUCAUGGAGAAAAAAUGAAUAUUUAGUUCCAGUAGUAAUGAUCCUUAAGGCUUUAUGCGACACAAGUGACAGAGAAAUAUUUGAUGGUAUUAUUGGUUCUGAUCUCCAUGAUUCUUUCUUGACUGAUCGUCUUGAACUAUUAUUACGUGGGUUUAAGAAAAGAUAUCCAACUCUACAAAAUCGUACUCAAGUUUUGCAAUUCUUGGGAGACAAAUUCCGUGUCGUUUUUCAAGCUUCCCCUGAUAAAUCUGAUUAUGAAGUUGGUCAAGAAGUUUUGGACCGUAUUGUUCUCGUCCAUCUAGGCAAGGGUAAUAACGAAGAUAAAUUUAGAAUGUUACUUUUCAUGAUUAGAAAACUAUACUCUUUGGUGGCCGGUGAAUGUUCACCGGAUAAUCCCGAUGCUACUCAACAUCAAGAGGUACUUCUAGGUGGUUUCUUAUACGGUAUGAUUAUUAAAGAGAAAAUCGAUGAAUAUUUGCAAAAUAUCAUCCAACAAAUUAGAACUGAUAGCAAUCGUGGACUUGCCAUCAAUUUCAAAGAUCGUAAAUACAUGUCAAGAGUCUUAAUGAGAGUUAAUGAAAACAUUGGGUCGAAACUACAGUACUUCUUAUCGACCGGUAAUUUAGUUUCUCAAUCUGGUUUAGAUUUACAGCAAGUUUCUGGUUAUACCGUUGUUGCAGAAAAGAUUAAUUUCUACCGUUUCAUCUCCCAUUUCAGAAUGGUGCACAGAGGUUCAUUUUUUGCUCAACUAAAGACUACCACUGUCAGAAAACUAUUACCUGAAUCAUGGGGUUUCCUUUGUCCUGUUCAUACACCGGAUGGUUCACCUUGUGGUUUAUUAAAUCAUUUUGCACAUAAGUGUAAAAUAUCCACUCAACAAUCGGAUGUUUCUCAAAUUCCAGGUUUAUUAUAUCAAUUAGGUGUUUCUCCUGCAUCACAUACCAUUGCUGCUGGUCCAUCUCAAUGUUGUGUCCAAAUUGAUGGUAAGAUUAUCGGUUGGGUUUCUCACGAACAAGGUAAAAUCAUUGCUGACACUUUAAGAUUCUGGAAAGUGGAAGGAAAAAUCCCAGGUCUACCCUUGGAUUUAGAAAUUGGUUAUGUCCCACCUUCAACACGUGGUCAAUACCCUGGUUUGUAUAUUUUUGGUGGUCAUUCCCGAAUGAUGCGUCCUGUUCGUUACUUACCUCUGGAUAAAGAGGAUAUUGUUGGUCCAUUUGAACAAGUUUACAUGAAUGUCGCAGUGACACCACAAGAGAUUGAAAAUAAUGUUCAUACUCACGUUGAAUUCACACCAACAAACAUUUUAUCCAUUUUGGCUAAUUUGACUCCAUUUUCAGAUUUCAAUCAAUCUCCAAGAAAUAUGUACCAAUGCCAAAUGGGUAAGCAAACGAUGGGUACCCCUGGUGUUGCUUUAUGCCAUAGAUCUGAUAAUAAGCUUUAUAGAUUACAAUCAGGUCAAACUCCAAUUGUUAAGGCUAAUUUGUACGAUGACUAUGGUAUGGAUAACUUUCCUAAUGGUACGAAUGCUGUUGUUGCUGUUAUUUCCUACACUGGUUAUGAUAUGGAUGAUGCGAUGAUUAUUAACAAAUCCGCAGAUGAAAGAGGUUUUGGUUAUGGUACAAUGUACAAAGUGGAAAAGGUUGAUUUAUCCUUGAACAGAAGUCGUGGUGAUCCAAUCACCCAACAUUUCGGUUUUGGUAAUGAUGAAUGGCCAAAGGAAUGGUUGGACAAGCUAGAUGAUGAUGGGUUACCAUAUAUCGGAACUUACGUUGAAGAAGGUGAUCCAAUUUGUGCCUAUUUUGACGAUACUUUGAACAAGACCAAGAUCAAGACUUACCAUUCCUCAGAACCGGCUUAUAUUGAAGAAGUCAAUUUGAUUGGUGAUGAAUCUAAUAAAUUUCAAGAAUUACAAACCGUUAGUAUUAAAUAUCGUAUUAGAAGAACUCCUCAAAUUGGUGAUAAAUUUUCAUCCAGACAUGGUCAAAAGGGUGUCUGUUCAAGAAAAUGGCCAACUGUGGACAUGCCAUUUAGUGAAACAGGUAUUCAGCCUGAUGUCAUCAUUAAUCCUCAUGCAUUCCCAUCCCGUAUGACCAUUGGUAUGUUCGUGGAAUCUCUUGCCGGUAAAUCUGGUGCUCUACAUGGUGUGGCCCAAGAUGCCACCCCAUGGAUCUUUAAUGAAGACGAUACACCAGCUGAUUAUUUCGGUGAUCAAUUAGUUAAGGCAGGUUACAAUUACCAUGGUAAUGAACCUAUGUAUUCCGGUGCGACCGGUGAAGAGUUAAGAGCUGAUAUCUAUAUUGGUGUGGUCUAUUAUCAAAGAUUGCGUCAUAUGGUUAAUGAUAAGUUCCAAGUCCGUUCCACUGGUCCUGUGAACAGUCUAACCAUGCAACCAGUUAAGGGUAGAAAGAGACAUGGUGGUAUUCGUGUUGGUGAAAUGGAAAGAGAUGCCUUAAUCGGGCAUGGUACAUCAUUUUUGUUACAAGAUCGUCUACUUAACUGUUCGGAUUACACACAAACGUCUGUUUGUCGUGAGUGUGGUUCAAUACUUACAACCCAACAGAGUGUUCCUAGGAUUGGUUCGCUUUCCACAGUUUGCUGUCGUCGUUGCGCGGUAAGAUUUGACGAAGCAAAGAGCAUGCUUGCCAAGGAUGAAGAGACAUCUAACGUGUUUAUCGAUGAUUCAGAAAUUUGGGAAGAUGGCCAAGGUAAUAAAUUUGUUGGUGGUAAUGAUACCACCACAGUUGCUAUACCUUUCGUAUUGAAGUAUCUAGAUUCUGAACUGACGGCCAUGGGUAUUAGGUUACGUUACAAUGUGGAACCUAAAUGA